AUGAGGCACGAAGCGCCCAUGCAGGUCGGUCCCCGGGCCGGAGUCGAGCGAGCGGCGAGCGGCAUGGCAUCUGCUCAAGAUUCCAGAUAUGGCCAGAAAGAUACAUCUGACCAGAACUUUGAUUACAUGUUCAAACUGCUCAUUAUCGGCAACAGCAGUGUUGGGAAAACCUCCUUUUUGUUCCGAUAUGCUGAUGAUUCCUUUACGUCUGCAUUUGUAAGCACAGUUGGGAUUGAUUUCAAAGUAAAAACGGUUUUCAAAAAUGAAAAAAGAAUUAAGCUACAGAUUUGGGACACAGCAGGUCAGGAGAGAUACAGAACAAUUACCACAGCUUACUACCGAGGUGCAAUGGGCUUCAUUUUAAUGUAUGACAUCACAAAUGAAGAAUCUUUCAAUGCUGUGCAGGACUGGUCAACUCAAAUCAAAACAUACUCUUGGGAUAAUGCCCAGGUUAUUUUGGUCGGUAACAAAUGUGACAUGGAGGAUGAACGGGUAAUCUUCACUGAGAGAGGCAAACACUUAGCAGAGCAACUUGGAUUUGAAUUUUUUGAAACAAGUGCCAAGGACAACAUUAACGUCAAGCAGACGUUUGAGCGACUCGUGGAUAUCAUCUGUGACAAAAUGUCAGAAAGUCUGGAGACGGAUCCCACCAUUGCUGCCAGCAAGCAGAACACACGGCUAAAGGACACCCCUCCUCCACAGCAGCCCAACUGCGGCUGUUAA